CUGCUCCUUCGUGAGUAAACAAGUCGCUGCUAGCCCACCGGUACAAUUUAAUCAAUCCGGGAAGUCACAAUAAAACAGCAGCGGCAGCGCGUCGAGCGCUGCGCCACGCCCACGCCAUCCCCGAGAGCAGAGGCCAGAGGGAGCCAGAGGGAGGGACAAGCGCCUCAAGCUCUCAACCUCUUCUCCGUGAUUCGGAGCGGUCGGCCUCAGCGCCUCUGCGUGCGUGCGUCACUGCCGUGCCGUGCCGCGCCGCUGCCCCCCGCCCGCGCCCGCAAUAAAAUAACUCGUGCGCCUCUCUCCUCCGUUCUCACCUCCUAAUCCGGGGACCGACCCCGACUUGACUUUUCACGUUGCGUCGUCGACCGCUGCAUCUGCGGUUCCUCCUCUCUCCACUCCACACCUGAGAGAGAAUCCUCCCUCUCGCACGCGGCGGCGACGGCGGCGUGAUUGGUUCGCUUGGUUUCCGUGCGGCUGUGGUUGUUGUCGUUUGGUGCUGACUUGCCCGGCGCGCGCGGCAUUGGAGGAGGAGGACGCGUGAUCGAUGGGGAACUGCGUGGCGUGCGGGGGCACGGCGGGGACGGCGGCAGGUGCGGGAGGGGAGGAUGGGCGGAGGCGGGGGAGGAGGUGGAAGGCGCCGCGGGAGGAGCAGCUGGGGGCGGUCCCCGGCCGGAUCUUCUCCAACGAUGGCCGCAGUCGCACUGCCGCCGUGUUCACGCAGCAGGGACGGAAGGGGAUCAAUCAGGACGCCAUGCUCGUAUGGGAUGGGUUCGGCGGGGAGGAGGACGGCGUGCUGUGCGGGGUGUUCGACGGGCACGGGCCGCACGGCCACCUGGUGGCGCGCAGGGUCCGCGACGCGCUGCCGCUGAGGCUCAUGUCCGCGGUGCGCGCGUCCAAGGCCGGGCUGGGCAUGCCGGCCGCCGCGUGGAGGAAGGCCUUCGCGCGCGCCUACACGGCCAUGGACAAGGACCUCCUCUCCCACGCCACCCUUGACUGCUUCUGCAGCGGCAGCACCGCCGUCACCGUCCUCAAGCUAGGCUCGGAUCUCUACAUGGCCAACGUUGGCGACUCGCGUGCCGUGCUCGGCUCGAGGAAUGGCGCCGGCGGCGCCAUGGUGGCCGUGCAGCUCACCGUUGACCUCAAACCCGAUGUCCCCAGCGAGGCGGAGCGGAUCAAGAAGUGCAAGGGCAGGGUGUUCGCGCUGCAGGACGAGCCGGAGGUGCCAAGGGUCUGGCUGCCGUACGACGACGCCCCGGGCCUGGCAAUGGCCCGGGCGUUUGGGGACUUCUGCCUCAAGGAUUACGGCGUCAUCUCGGUGCCGGAGUUCUUCCACUGGUCUGUCACGGAGAAGGAUCAGUUUGUCAUCCUUGCAUCGGAUGGGGUAUGGGAUGUCCUUAGCAACCAAGAGGCUGUUGACAUAGUGUCCGCGUCCCCAAGCAGAUCAAAGGCAGCUAAAUCCCUUGUCGAGGCAGCUACGCGCGAAUGGAAAACCAAGUACCCGACAUCAAAGACCGAUGACUGUGCAGUGGUUUGCUUGUAUUUGGAUGGCAAAAUGGACCAUGAGCGGGACUCGACGGCCUCUAUGGAUAACAUCAGCCUCGACGAGGGUUCAGUCGCAGACCCAAAUGAAGCACAGGAGCAGGAGGCGGCGUUGACCCGGAAUUUCACGGUCAGGACAGUCGCAGGGAGCGCUCAAGAGAAGGCUUUGGCAGGGGCGGUGGAUACGGGGGUCCCCGGUGCAGCCCAUGAUCAGAAUUGGUCAGGCCUCGACGGCGUGACGCGGGUGAACUCGCUCGUCCAGCUUCCCAGGUUUUCCAAGGAGAAGGCGAUCGGCUGAGGAGCUGCCAUUCUUUUUUAUAAAACUUAUUUUCUCCUAUUCUGAAUUUAGUUUAGUUACCACUUCUUUCAGAGAAGAGGUAGAAACGAAAUGAUCUUGUGCUUUCCUCAGGCGCUUAGCGAACGUUUCAGCCACCAUGCUUAGAACUUUUAGCACAACAGGAUUGCACAUUUCCAGGGACAAAGGUUCCUCUUGCGUUUACCAUCUUUCAGGUAUAAGCAUACCUGAAAGGUGAAACAAGGACGCCAUUGUUCCAAGUGUGCAAUUCUGUUGUGCUAAAACGAACAGCUGAUGCUCGUAAGCACAGUGGUCACGAACGCAUGCUAGGCGCCAGUCAUCUGGGAUGAUGACCCUGUCGGGUGACCUGUAAAUGCCCCACCGACUCUUGGUUGGCUUUGUAGAGAGAGGUGCCAUGUCGGGACCUUUUCUGGGUGUAGCUUUUGUUGACAGGGCGCGA